AUUGGCAUAAUUGUGCCAAUUCUCUUGGACAUAUGGGUUUUAAAAGUCCACAAAUCUUCAAAAAUUAGUGUAACUAGUGCAUUAAAUGCCAAAUGUGGUAGAUAUAGGCGGUUUAUAUGUGUGGUCACGUGACGGUGGUGGAAAAAUGGCGCAAAGAUCAGAGUGCAAACAUGGUCUCCGUUUCUAUGAAGUUGUGUCAUUCGUAUUUGUAUACAAUACAGUGUUUUCAUAAACCACGUGUUAAAUAGUCUUUGGUGAUUGACGGUGGAUGCCCCAAGAUGUCAACAAGAGGCACCAAACGGCGGGGGAGGCCCCCCAAAUCCGUGGUUAUGGAAAGACCAAAAAAGUUUCAAUAUCAUUUAUUAAAGAAACCAAAAUACCUUUUGAACCGCGAAAGUAAAGGGUCCGAAACACCCAAUUCACAAACUAGUACACCAACAGCUUCGAGAGCAUCGUCGCCGGUAGGAAGUGAAAGCAGCAGAAGAAGUUCAAGGAGUAGAGGAAGGUGUAAGAGUAGAAGAGGAAUCGGAGGAUAUCAUAGACGAGGCUACAAUCCAGACGUUGUAGAGGAGAAAGACUCCGAAUACCACUAUGGUUCAGACUUCGGUGACGAGUCGAGUGGAAAAAGUGAAUUUGAUGAUGACAUACUUAGGAGUGACAGUGAAAUGGAUGAAAGUUUCGGUGGUGAUGCGUCCAGUGACAGUGAUUUUUCUCUCUCUAGUUAUAGUACUGUCAGUGGAACUCCGAAAAAGUAUUUACAUAGACUUCCAAGCCCAGAACCACUGUGGCUUCAGAAUCGGGAAAUUCCUCCCCUUCAUUUGCCGAAAUCAUCUGAAGAUUUAUUAGUUCCGAAAGAACUGGUGAUGAAAACGUUGUGUAUAUACGAAGUUCUUCGUCAUUUUAGAGCAUUAGUACGUUUGUCUCCCUUUAGGUUUGAGGACUUUUGUGCCGCAUUAAUGUGUGAGGAUCAGAGUACUUUACUUGCUGAAAUUCAUAUAAUGCUUUUAAAAGCAUUGCUUAGAGAAGAAGAUUCUCAGCAGACGCAUUUUGGUCCUCUUGACCACAAGGACAGUGUAAAUGUAGUGUUAUUUUUUGUGGAUCCAAUGACGUGGCCAGAAGUUUUACGUUCAUAUGUUGAAAGUGACAAAGAUUUUGAUUCAAAUGUGCUGAACAUAUUGAACAACUCUGAAUAUCCUUUCACAUCUGUGGAAAACAGAUUGAAAGUGCUGCAGUUUAUGACAGACCAGUUCCUGAUCACUAAUCCAGUCAGAGAAGAUUUGUUAAAUGAAGGCAAUAUCCAUUACGAUGAUCACUGCAGAAUUUGUCACCGGCUGGGGGAUUUGCUUUGUUGUGAAACAUGUCCAGCUGUAUAUCAUCUGGACUGCAUUGAUCCACCAAUGGAAGAUAUUCCAGAGGAAGACUGGCAGUGUGGCGUAUGCAGGGCACACAAGGUGUCUGGCGUGACGGAUUGCAUACCUGAUGUUGAAAAGACAGGAAACUUGUGCAGACAAGAACAUCUGGGAUUUGAUCGGCAUGGACGGAAGUAUUGGUUUUUGGCUAGACGGAUAUUCGUAGAGAGUGAAGAUGGUGAAACGUGGUACUACAGUACGCAAUCCCAGCUUGAAGAACUCAUGGAAAGUUUUGAUAAAACACAUAUGGAAGCAGCCCUAGCACGGGAAAUUAAUGAUUUUAAAGAUGAGAUAAUUCGUCAGAUGGAACUAACGGAGAAAAUAACUAACCAAAUGAAGGGCAACAAGAAAUCAUAUCUUGAUACAGAAAAUGCUGCACUUGCAAAGAUUCAGAAAGAAAGGUUAGAACGCAAGGUGAGGGAAGAGGAAGAACGCCGUGAAAAGGAGAGGCAGGAUGCAGAAGAUCAAGUUCGUCGUAUGCAUGAAGACUUUGAUGAUUUUCAUAAUACAUCCUCAAGGAUUUCAUCAGAUGACUUUAAUGAUCCAGCGGGAAAGAUUUCACCAAUAACAGUCCAAACAUCUGAGACAGUGACAAGCAGCACUACAACAACAAUAGAAACGAAAUAUUCCCCAGGGGAAGGUGCAGAACAUCUCUCUGAAGUUACGACAGUGACUACUACAGCAAUUACAACUAUGACAUCGUCGACAGCUCAAGUGAAAACUUCAACAAACUCGGUGUUAUCAGAUGCAGAAGACGAUGAUUUGGAUUUGGAUUCUGAUAGAGAGGGUGACGAGUGCAGUACAAGGAUAGGCAAAGAUGGAAAGAAACAUACAAUAGUGACACGUUCCAAAACCGGUUCCCUUCAACCACGCACAUUUAAUAUGGAUGAUUUGAAGAGACGUAGUGCCGCUGGUCUAACAAAAGCAGAGUUAGAAAAAUUGCAGAGGGAUCAAAAAGAAAUUGAAAAGGAACUAGCAUCUGAUGGGACUCGUAUAACAAGACUGAAAGCACAACAGAUAGCCACAGGCACCUAUAUGUUCAAGCUUGGGAUGGAAAAUACAUUCAAGAGCUACACAAAUCAGUAUAGUACAAAUAUUGCUGCACUAAAUAAACAUCAGCGCAAUGAAGAAAGGGAUAAGAGGAGGCAUUUAUCCCAUAAAUUUUCAUUGACACCAGCAUCUGAAUUCAAAUGGAUUGGUUCACUUUAUGGUACAAGAGCUCUUCUUGUAAGCACACUAAGACAGACUGUAUUGCAGCUGGAGUCAAGUAUUCAAUCGUCUUUUAUGCAUCCCAACUGGCCACUUUUACGGAAGCCAUGGAUAACAGCUGUUAGUGCAUGUGUAAAUGCUAGAGACUUUGCUCGAGCCUUAAUUGUGUUACAGGCUUGCAUCAAGCCUGUUGUAUUUACAAGUGUAUGGCAUGAAGCAUUAGGGCAUGUGAAACUUCAGAGAAUGACAGCUUCUGAACGAGAAGAAAGGAAGCGCCAGGAAAAGAAAGACAAGAAGGAUAAAGAAGAGGAAGAAGAAAGAAACAGACUGACUUACAAUUUUGUUAAAUAUACUCUAGGUUUAAAACACCAGGUGUGGAAGCAAAAAGGUGAAGAGUACAGAAUACAUGGGCAAUGGGGAUGGCUUUGGCUGUCAACAACUCGUAAAUAUAGACUUCAAGACUGUCAUAAAAUGGGUCUUCGAGCAGGACCUCAGAAAAUAAUGGUCCAGGUUCAAGAUGAUAAAGGAAUCAAAAUAUUGGCUGUUGAUCCAAACACAUAUAAAUUUUUGCUAAAGAAAAGUAUGGAAGAUCAGUUACAAGUCACAGAUGGAAUUAAGAUAAAAUAUGAGGCAGGGAACAACAACAGUGAUCCCUUGAAAGUGAAAGUUGAGCCAAAUGCAACUAAAAAUUCAUUGAAACCUGAACUAACUGAUGAAAAUACAAGUAAGCUUCCAGUAAAGGAAGAAAAAGAUAAAGAACAGAAAGGAGUUGCAUUAAAAAACCUAAAGGUUUUCCCACCAAUUACAAAGUUUGAAGAAAUAAAUAUUACAAAGGCACUGACAUCUCCUGGACGACUAUAUUACCCAAAAAUUGCAAGGAAGUCAAGAUUAGAUGAAUUUCUAAGCAGAAGAACACAUUUGAAAAUACUGGAAGAAAGGAAGCUGGCUCAGAAUCAAGCAUCAAAAGGAUCAGUAAAAGUAAGUGUGAAUGGUGAUACAUCUAAGUCAUCAGAUGCAGAGGGUGAUGUAGAUAUUGAGAAUGAUGCGAGUGAUGCAGAAAGUGAGAGUGGUGUGGAUCAUCUUCUGCCUUCUAUGGUGCUUGGCAAACUGUGUGUGUCAAACAACUCACAAACUUCAUUUCUCAGUAAGGAUAUAUUGAACACUAUUUCUAAGAAAGUGAGUGGCAUUCGGCAACAGUACUCAAAGUUGGCUCGUCUUGGUAAAAGUUUGAAGUGCUAUUCUCUUAGUUGCAAUGAAAACGAUAAUAAACAGGCUGCAACAACAGGAGUAAGCAGUUGCUAUUCACCUAUUUGUCAACAAAAAGCAAGAGUUCGCAAGGAGUUGCUGCUGCUACUGAAGAAAGCGAACAGUCAUACCAAUAACAACAGUGUUUCUGGUGCAUUGAACAAUGGAUCCACAUUGCCUGCUCAGAAAAUAAAAAAUUCAGAUGAUGCCACUGUAUACAACGAAGCAGCAUCAAGUGAAGAAAAUAUGGAUGCCAUCAAGAGGGAUCUGGAAUCUGCUGUACCUGUUGAUGCAAGCUGUGAAGAUGAAGCCAAAGUUGCCACUCCUGUAAUUUCACAUAACAGCAACAUAAGGUCCAGCAGAGAAGUGAAACAAGAGAAAUGCGAUGAAAUACCUAAUGUGAAAACAGAAAUGGCAGAGGAGUGUAAAAAGGAGAUUGUAAGUGAUAGUAAUGUUUACGAAGAGACAGUAGAACUUACAGAAGGGCCUGCAAUGUGCAGUGAAGUAGUUGUAUCUCCAAUAACAUCAACGCCAUAUGCAGAAGUGGAAAUUUCAACUACUACACCUGAGAGUUGUACGGAAGUUGAAAUUUCUACCAGUUCAGAUGCAAAAGUUGCCACUGAUGAUAAUAGAGAACAUGAGAAUGAUGACACCAGACACCAAAAAGAUAAGAAUUCCGUGAGUGACGAAAGACAAGUGACAAUUACAACAAGUGAAGUUGUUACAACAACUACUACGAUAACUACACAGCAUAAAAUACAUAUAGUUGAUGGCCAUGUCCAAAGUAUGCAGAAGAAAGAGGUUCUCUCCAAAGCUAUGAGUAAUAGCAGUUUGAAGAAAGUAGAAGUGGGAACAGAAAAUACACCUGCAAGUGGAAAGCUACUUAAUUCCAUACUAACUUCUAAAAUAAAAUCAGCAAGUGAACUUUCUUCAAUCACAAUGAAAGUUGAUGCCGCUGGAGAUACGACGGGGACUGUCAUAAAGGGAGAAACGUGUGCUAGCUCUUUGGAAACAAUUAAAACAGAGGAAGAUGAUUCUGUUCAAAGAGUGUAUUCCAGCUCAUCCACGAAAGGUCGUGUGUAUUUAAAAAAAAUAUCAAUAUCUUCCGCAGACAAACGAAAAAAACGUACACCUGUGAAGUAUCCACUUUGUUCAACAUUCCAGACAAGAAGCAAACGUCGAAAUAUGUUAAUACUUCCUCAACAUGAGUUAAGAAAGCUGGCAAGGCAUUCAGGCCGAUUACCAGUAAAUGGAUACCACCAUCUAGCAAAACCUAAUCAUCAAGUUUGGCCGUAUCCGUGCUCCAGGCCACUCUUUAAAACUUGUUGGCUUUACCGCACGGUCAACUUACGAUCUUUGGCAGCUGCUUCUCUCCAGUUGAGGAUCAUGUGGGCAUGUCUGCGGUGGGAUGAUAUGCAGGUCAAACCUCCUUCAAGUGAUGGUAAACACCAAGUAACAACAGAUACUGAAAUUAUGUCUCUGGAAAUUCUGAAACAUCGGCACCUUGGGCAGUUCUUGGACAGAACACAAUACCUCAGAAGAAAAGUCAUAAUUCCACUGGAACUGCCUAAAACAGUGAGAGAAGUGACAUCAAUUAGAAGCGGACUACGGAAGCGCAAACGAGCAGAGUCACCUCAGAGCACAGAGCCGCAAGUCACAGAGGAAUGGGUUGAUGAAGACAAAUUGGAAUUAUGGGAAAUAAAACAGUAUGGUGACAGGUUGGAGAAGACUAAUGCACAGGUUGUUACUAGGAGUCGUUCGGGCUCAUUAGCUGCCAAGACAGAUGGUGUAGCAGCAGGAGGAAAUGCAAAAUUGGAAAUGGUUAGUGGAAAAUCGACACCAGAAGAAAUAAAGGAAAAAAUGGAACAACAGUUGCGCAUGCAGAGAGCUGCUCAUCAACAAAAACGUGCUUUGGAGACACUAAAGGUUCCAAGUGGACAGGUUUUGAAAGUUGUACCCACUACGCAACAAGUGCAAGCUGAUGGCUCACUAAAAGUUGUAACCAAAGUAGCCAUUCCAUCUUCACCAAAUACUCAACUUACCAGCGGAAAGAGUACUCUCACAUCUCUUCUGACUAGCACAAACAACACUUCUGGCAAGGCAUUACUGGGUACAAGGCGAAUUUUCAUGACUAAAGGGGCCGAUGGAACAACUCGCGUCAUGACAGGACCGACAAGUAUACUGCCAAAGACUGCUCAGCAGCCACAGUCUCUUAUAAAAAUUCAACCAUCUGGUCAAACUCCAGUACCAGGGACACCAUCAAAUCAACAGCGCGUGCAGAUUGUCAAAGGACCUGAUGGAAAAUUACAAGUCCGUGGUUUGAUGCCUGGUCAGCAGCUCGUGCAAAUGCCGGAUGGAAAGCUCCAUGUCCUCAACAAUCCUCAGAUUCAAGCUCAACCUCAACAGGUUGCAGGCAGCAGAGUUGUGACGACCACAGCGAAAACAUCAGUAGCAGCAUCUCCUACUAUUACUCAAGUAGUGAAAGCUGCUAACUCCCAAGUCAAACAGAUAGCAGUUGACUCGACUAGGGGAACAGCUAUUCCUCUAAGUCCAUCUAAGCCCCCACAGACUGUUAUGAUCAGGCAACAAAUUGGAGGAACACCAGUUGUGCAAAAGGUUGCUGCCCAACCGGGAACUGUAGUUGUCAGUGGAAAUCAAGUAUUCACACCUGGACAGAUCAUUGUUAGUGGUAAUCAAGUUGUUGGGACACCAACACAGGUGAUGACAGCAGGUGGUCAACUUCUCAGUACUGGCCAGUUUGUAGUUGCUGGAUCAAACCUUGCCCAGCAGUUAGCAUCUGGAAAAGCACAACUUGCUACAAUAAAUGGUCAGCAAGUCUUAAUUCGAACUGCACCUCCUGGGACUUCUGCCACUGCAUUACAACAGAGCAAUGCAGUUGUUGUAACAGGCAAUGCAGUUGCCUUAAAUACUACGGUGGGAACAACAGUAACCUCUGGAGAGGCUACACAAACUGUAAAUGCUGUACAAGUUCCUGUUGCAACGACAAGCAAUUUACUUUUGAAACCAGUUGCUGCAGCAGGGCAACAAAAUGUUCAGACUGUAGUACAGCAAGUUGCUGUGCCCCAGACUGCAGCCGUGGAUGAUGUGGCGUCCAAGAAGUUACCUUCACCAGCUACACCACAGAAUCAAGUCACAGGUGUCCAGCCAGUGCAGCAGAAAGCUGUUGCAGCAGCACCAGGGGAUGGUGAUGUAAGCUCGGGAGAUCCAGCAUCACAAAUAGCACAUCCGCCAGGUACCAUAGUAAAGUGUGUGACAGCGCAAGUCAUUCAGACACAGCAGGGCCCACGAAUAGUACUUCAAGGAUUACAAGGUGCUGAGUUUACACCACAGCAACUGGCUGUAGUUCAGCAGCAGGUCAAACAGCAGCUAUUGAAAGCACAAGCUACAACUGGGAAACAAGGUGUCUUGGGUCCCACAAAAAUCUACCUGGCAGUACAAGCAUCUCCAUCUGCAACUGCAACACAGCAGCAACAGCUCCAGCAGCAGCACGAACAUCAAGAAAUAGUCACCAAAACAUCUGUUGCAUCUCCUAAGAAAUCACCACCAAAAGUAGUUGUACAACAAGUUAAACAACCAGAAUUGUCUCAGAUCUCUGGGGCAGGAGAAGAGCAGUAUGAGACCACUGAGGAAGAUAGCCAGAUAUCUGAAGAAACAGUGAAUGGAAUACAGCAGCAGCAAGAGGACCAUCAACAGGAGUUCGUCUCAGAUGCUCAGCAAGCUGGAGACCUCCCGGCAGGUGGCGGCACAACAGGAGCCAGCAUAGGUGCGAACACGCAGGCCACGUCUCCCAACAAGUUCAUCUUAACAUCAGACUACAUUCAGCAGACAAUAAAAACUGCACUGAAACAAGAAAACCUGAAUCCGGACAUAGAAGAGAAACUCUUGCAACUGCAGCGGUACCAGGAACGUCAAAUGAAACAUGACAAACCAACUGAUACACCACCUGUGAAUGUGAUAAAUAGUUCUGUAGCAAACAGAGUAAAUUCAAAGAAAAGACCAUUACCUUCUGUUGGGACAGUGUCAGCUGUUGAGGCUUCAGAUGCCAAAGAAGAAUGGGAGUCUCCCAAAAGGAAAGUGCCAAAGCUUGAUAAGGAGUCCAAAUCGCCAACAGAAGAACGUGAAGAGAAACCAGUGGCGGUAUCACGAUCACGUACAGGAAAGUGGCGUGAAUCUCAAGAAGAGAGGAGGCGACAGCAAGUUUUAACAAAGCUCCAAGUUUUGCUCUUUAGACACAAAGAGCUGCUUAAAAAGGAUAUGAUAAAGAAGCGUGCCUUGUUAGAGAAGGAACUUCAAAUAGAAAUACAGAAGGACUUGUCAACAGAACUAGCUGCAAGAACUAAAGCAGAAAGAAAUAAACAAGAUGAAGUAAGAACUGGAAGUGGAAAGAGGAAAUCUGCUCCUGUUGCAGUUACUACAUUAAGUCCUCCAACUGCCUCAAAAAGCAGUCGCCCUAAAAAGCAACAACGUACUGGAGUGGGCCCUCCAGCUACAAAUUCUACUUCUCCAAGUAGUAAUAGUAUUACAGGAGGUGGCAGUAGUGGAGGUAGUAGUGGAGGGCGUAAGAAAGAGAAGUUGUACUGCCUUUGCAGGACACCAUAUGAUGAAACGAAGUUUUAUGUUGGCUGUGACUUGUGCAAUAACUGGUUUCACGGAGAAUGUGUUGGAAUAACUGAAGAGAUGAGUAAAACUUUAACAGAAUUUGUUUGUACAGAAUGUAGACAUGCAAGAGACACACAGGAAUUGUAUUGCCUGUGUAAACAGCCUUAUGAUGAAUCUCAGUUUUAUAUUUGCUGUGAUCGGUGUCAAGAUUGGUUCCAUGGUCGAUGUGUUGGAAUCCUGCAGUCAGAAGCUGACAAUAUAGAUGAAUACAUCUGUCCUAAUUGUCAGCGAAAUUCAAACAUAAAUUUUGCUAAUAUGAAGAAUUUGAAUUCUAAGGACUUCGAGGGCUUGAGAAAAUUGAUAAAGCAAUUACAGGCUCAUAAAAGUGCCUGGCCAUUCAUGGAGCCUGUGGAUCCAAAUGAAGCACCCGAUUACUAUAAAGUAAUAAAAGAGCCAAUGGAUCUCCAGACAAUAGAACUUAGGAUAAAUGAAAAAUCGUACAAGAAGUUAAGUGAAUUUAUUGGUGACAUGACAAAAAUAUUUGACAAUUGCCGGUAUUAUAAUCCAAGAGAAUCGCCAUUCUUCAAAUGUGCAGAAUCACUUGAAGCAUAUUUUGUACAGAAAAUAAAGUGUCUACGUGAAAAACUUGUUGAAAACAAGUAAUGUGUAGUGAAGUGUACAUUUGUGAAUAUUUUCAUUAAAUAAAGCUAGUUCCUGAAAACUUUUUUUUAAAAAAAAUGUAAAUUAAAGAACUAUGAGAAAAGUUUGAAUAUUAGUGUGAUUUUCGUAAGUCUUUGUGUGAAUAAACAUUUAUUGUAAUAUUCGGUAGGAACUGAGGCUUAGUGUUGUAUGUAAGUCGCUCUGUAGACUGCUAUGGACAGUGAAACUGUUUUAAUGAGAUUUUUUUCCAUUAUGACAAAUUUUACGUGUUGUAAGUAGUAUAUACUGUGGACUGAAAUCGUCCAUUGAAAAUGAGAAGCUGAUGUAAGUGUGUAAAUUACUUUGUACAGUCACGUAUGAAUGGUUGUAAGUGUGUUGUACAUAAAGAGAUACUAAUAUGGAUAAUAAUGUUCCAUUUAUUGGAAUUGCCACAAUCAUUCAUAUUUGUAUAUAGAUAUAUGUUUAUGUCUGUGCAGGUGUGUACAUGUAAUGUGCUAGCACUGUAAUCAUUUGCAUAAUGGUACACCAUUAGUUGAUUAUUCACUGAUGGAUGAGGGUCUCACAUACUAGGUGUGUCACUAAUGUCUCCUUAAGCAGAAAAUAUAUGUGUUGUGUAUCAAUUCUGGACAAAAGUGUUAUGUUUGUCAACAUUUUCAGAAUGUUAUAAUAGAUGAUGUGCUUCUAUGAUCAGUUGUGUUGUUUUUAGCAGCAAGUUGACAAUGCUACAAAUAUUUUGAAUAGAUUAAUCAUUUCUGGUCAAUUGUGAAACAAUUUAAAUUCUAGUUCAGUUCUGUGUUUAAACGAAACUAUGAACGAAAUGAAAAAUUAAUUUUCCCAAAAAGUUUCAUCUUCGAUGACUCAUUUUGUCAGGUUUAGUACAUUGGGGAGGGAAGUGGCCACCGUAGAGCAACUUUGAAACAUUAAUUCUCCCAUCAAAUGUUAAAGAGUGUUAUUGGCACUGUAUUGCUUAAGAACAUUCAAAUGUACCAGUUAUUGUUAGGUACUACAGUCAGCAACAAUAAUGAGCUUCCUGAUUAUUUUUCAAUGUUUAUAGUAAUUAUUUGUGUUACAGAGUGAUAUGAUCGUAGAACAGCUGCCAAAAUAUAUGAUCGUUUUAUGUCAA